AUGGUGCUUAAUGUGUAUAAAACGGAACUUUUACAUCCAGAGCAGUCGAUGAGUGAUAUUGUUUCGAAAACAGCUGCAGCUACAGGUGUUGGACGUUCUUCAGUUCUACCAAGAAAGGAAAAUUAUGACAAACUUUCUGAAAAUGUUGAUGACUUCGAUAGAAAUGCGAUUCGAAAGAAAGUACACGAAUUUUUUUUUCGUAACGAAUUGCCAUCAAUUGACAAAGUGGUUACAGUCGUGAACGAAGAUGCAGAUCUGGCCAAUUUUCGGAGAACUACAUUUUAUAAAUUAUUGAGAGAAAUGAAUUUCAUAUAUGUCCGGCGUGCACGCGAUAGCAUGCUAAUAGACAGGGAUGACAUCUUUUUAUGGAGGCAGCGUUAUCUUCGAACCGUUAAACGGUUGAGAGAUGAAGGCAGACCCAUUUACUAUUUGGACGAGACGUGGGUGAACGCAGGACAUACCCAAAGUUACGUCUGGGUAGAUGACACUAUAAAUUCCUCAAAACGAACGUUUGUGUCCGGGUUAUCCACCGGAAGCAAGGGCCCAUCAGGUAAAGGGAAACGUCUGAUUAUCGCACACAUUGGCAGCAAAGCAGGGUUCGUUGAAGGAUGUUUGUGGACUUUCGAAUCCAAGAAAAGUGGAGAUUAUCGUGAGGAGAUGUGCGCCGAAACCUUCGAGAAGUGGUUUCAAGAUGUUCUUCCUCGGCUUCAGGAAAAUGCAGUUAUUGUUCUUGAUAACGCGCCGUACCAUUCUCGGACAAAAGAAAAAGUUCCCAAUGCGAAUUCCAAUAAGCACGAAAUAUCAGAAUGGCUAAAAUCUAAAAACAUCGAUUUCGAAGACGGUAUGUUGAAGAAAGAACUUUUGGAUAUAGUUAAAAAUCACAGAACAGCGCACAACGAAUAUGCAAUAUAUGAAAUGGCGAAUAAUGCAGGGAAAACAGUUCUCAUAAUUCCUCCGUACCACUGUGAAUCGAGUUAG